AUGAAUUCCAUAAGUUCCAGAAGAGAAUCGUUAUCCAUCAAUGGCAAAAAAGUACCUGCGUGUUUACAUCCUAUAUCGGUGCUUCAUAGAAUCGAGAAAAAGAUGAAGAAAAAAUCGUCUUUUACUUUUUUUAAGGACGAUAAGGUCAACAAAUGGCAUUCUACUUUGAACUUUUUAGACAAGGAGUACACUACCAAGGAAGCAAGCGUUAUUCAAUUUAAGGCACACCAGAAGGUGGCGAAAAGCGCUCUUGAUGUUAUUUUAACUAAUUUUACUGAGGAACAAUUGGCAGAGCUUGCAAAACCCAAUGAACCACUACCUCCUUAUAUUGAGCAACUUUUAACAAAAUCACGUCUAUGGUGGCAUCAUGAGGCUAUGCAAGAGGCAAAGUCAUACCAAAGUUAUUUGAAAAGAUAUUGUAAAUUUCAAGACCUUGGAAUUCCAAAAAUAUCAAGCCUCAUCGAUGAAGGAGGAAUGCUAGUUGUUAUAAUUGGAAUCAAAAAACGUAGAUUUCAUCAUACCUCGUCAACAAAUCUUAAUCGUGAGGCAGCUAUUGAAGAAGCAGCAAAAACUGCCCUUUUAACAUUAUAUUAUGAACAUGAUAAUUCUGAGAUGGAUGAAAUUAAAAGUAGGAUGAUGGUGUGUGAUAAUUAA